GUUUGCUUGUAUUCACAAGCUACAGUGAAUUUUGGUUAACUAUAUACAAAUAAUCUUUCUUAAAUGAAUAAUGGUUAACAAACUAUUGAUGCCAAAUGGAUUCUUUUCAUGCUACACCUUUCCAAUGGUCUGUUUAAAGCAUCUUUAGAUAGAAGAAUAGAUAUGUUUACUAUAUUAUACCAUGAAGUGGUUAAAUAUUAUUGCCAGUGUGACAGAUCCAUGGAAAUGCCAUGCAGAUACACUCUACCGGUCAUCCAUAUGACUGCACUUUUAGCCCACCACUGUGGUAACUGAGGGAAAGUAAGAAAUGAGGUUAAUUUAACAGGUCUUGGCUUGUCUUUUUGACAGAAAAACACUGCAUGCAUUCUUGUGCUCUUUUAAUCACAUGCCAAGCUCUCAGGCAUUAGAGUUCCAACAAGCAAAAGUUGACCAUUGUUCAUCAUGAAAUUGAUAUUUAUGCUUAUGUUGAUUUGGGGACUGAUGAAGAGUUUAAGAUUCCAGUGUGUGUUCGAAAAUGGGUAUUUCUGCUCUUCCAUUCCAAAAGAUUUUCCUGAAGGUCUGACCUCUGUUCUAUUCGUUGUCACGAAGAUUGGAGUUAUCAACUCAAGUGUCUUCACCAGCCCAAACUUGAAAUCUGUCACCAGUCUAGCUUUAGCGAACAGUGGCAUCGUAAAAAUUGAACCUGGAGCCUUUUACUCUUUCCAUAGUCUCACCAAACUUAGUUUAUAUCAAAAUAAUCUGACUACAGUUAUGGCUUCUUGGCUUUCCAAACCAGAGCACUUAGAAAGCCUUACAAUGUCCCUGAAUAUCAUUCAGGAAAUUGGCCCCAAUAUGUUGUCCAGUUUCUCUAACCUGACAACCCUUAAUUUCGCAAGCAAUAGAAUUCAUAUGAUUGAAGGUGGAAGUUUGAAGAAUUUGUCAAAGCUAACUUUUAUUGAUCUAUCUGGUAAUAACUUAUCUACCUUAACAAGAAAUGUGUUCAGUGGGCUGAUGUCCCCAAUAAUGAAACUGGGUGACAAUCCAUGGAACUGUUCCUGUGAACUUCAAGAUUUUGGAUUAUUUUUGCAAGAGCUGAUGAAUGCUUCUGUAUUGGAAGAUGCUUCAUCUGUGGUGUGUCAGAGCCCACCAGCCUUGAAGGGAAUUCCAGUUUGGAACAUCUCUGACUUUAACUGCCCACCUAUUCUCAUAGCACCAUCACUUGAGAAUGACUUUUAUAAAGUUGGAUUGCCAGCGAUGCUUCUGUGUGUAGGGUUGCUUUCAUUUCUUUUGCUGCUUCUCCUGCUUUGGAAAAUGAAACAAGAGAAAAAGCAAGUGCAGCCAGGUAAAGAAGUUACUGUUGAAAAUAGCCAUGAAAAAUUAACAGGUCACAUUAACACGAUGACAGAGAGACUAACGUGCCAAGGACUAUUACAUGAAAAGCUACAGACAAUAGUAGAAAUUGGCAAAACCCAACAAAAUAGAACGCAGAGAAGUCGGGCAAAAUCUGCCUCACCAAUUAUGUUGAGAACAGAGUUUCAACACAGUAGUUCUCAACACCCCAGACCAACAGAUGAGAACCAGGAGCAACCCAAAAUCUCUAGUAUAGUAAUAAAUGAACAACCCUGCAUGAAAAAUGAAGACUGCAACAAUGUUAUGGAACUGUGGUAUUUCAAUAGCUUGCAAGAUUGCAAUAAGAAGGUUAUGCUUAAUCACAAUGCAAACACUUCACCCACUGAGCUAAGCAUAGAAACCCAAAACAAGGAUAGUUCAGUAUUGUUAAAGCAGUCAUUGCAGGACGAUGGUGUUUCAGAAGUGUGCUGGAAUGAUGGAGUUAAGGGAAGUGAUAAAAUAGAGAAGGUUGAACCUUUUUUGUAUUUAAGUGUUGCUAGUACAACUGAAGAAUCACCCAGUGUAUCUGGCACUGGACACAAAGGUGCUGUGAACAGAAAUGUGAAUAUGAGACUGUGUUCUUUGAGGAGAGUUUUUACGUGGCCGUAUGAAAAAUGCAAAAGGGAUCAAAGCCAAGACACUUUAUGUUGUGAGGAUUUUUUCCAGGCAUGUUCCUAUAUGCCCACUAGUGCUCCAGGUGUUCCAGCAGCAGUCAGGAAAACAGAAUCCAAAGAUGAACAAAAUCUGUCUGAUCCCCAUCUAAGUACUGGAAGGGAACAAAAGUCAAUUCGUGAUUACUGCAGUAAUGAACCUAACUUAAACAGAGAAGCAAAACCAGCAAGGAAAUUGGUAUCUCCACUUCAGAAAGGAGCUAAGCAAAUAGCCACAAUGGAGAAUGCAUAUAACUCAGUGCCUGGAAAAGGAUUCAGAGGCCCCGAGGCUGUAAAAAAGAAUAACAAAAAGACGCCUUCCCUGACUGGAUUUGGCAAUGACCCUAUUCGCUCGCCAGCAUCCUCAGACAACUCUGGUCACAGCUCCUCCCCAUGUGAUAACACAUUGCUCGGAAAUAAUGAAUACACCUUCAUUGAUCUUUUGCAUGAAGUCGUGGAAAAUCGUGGAAGGCGGACUAGGGAGAGGUGGAAACAGACCCAUCAAGUGCAACUUGCUAUUCAUCCCCCAGGGAAGUCAAAGUAAACUCAUUGCACUACUCCAAAAAAAAAAAAAAAAAAAGUUCAGUGGACAGUAGACCAUCUGCUCAACUGAAAUUGUUGUUAUAACAUUGCAGACUGGUGAAAUGUACCUGAUUUGACAGUACUGGAAGUUGAAACCCUGUGGUACACAUACGUCCAGAACAAUGCAAACUGUUUCUUCUGAUUGCUGCAUGAACCCUAUUUUGGAAAAGCCACUUCUAAGAACAAGAGGAGAAUUUGUUCCUGCUUCAGUUGAUUCUUUGUGCCAAAAAAGGGUGAUUAAUGUGACAGUUUUUGUGAUGUGAUCAUUUAUUUACAGGAAGCUAGACUGAGACUUACCAAACUCAUUUGAUUUAGGCAACCAGAUAGACAUCAGACGACUAAUGAGUUUUGGUCAGUAAUCAUCUAGGGUAAAUUUUCCAAAAAUGCCCAUAUGAUUUCCAUACUAAAGUCCCAUAUAAAGUACAUAUGACUUACAUAUGUUGACUUAGCACUCUUGAAAAUUUUAUGUAGGCUGGUUUUGCUCCAGAUAUGUAGAAGAAGCCAAAUUCCAUUAUUCACCCCACCCUCCCGAAAUCACCCAUAUCAUUACUGUCAUAUCAGCAGCUUAGAAAUUGAUAGUUCAUGGGGUACGGAGCCUCGACCUGCUCUAUUUAUUGGCAGACACCAUUAGUAUCCAGAGAUGUCAAUCUGGCCUAUUCAUGAGCACUAAAAAUGAAUUUACUUGCACAAGAAAUGCUAAUGGGUUAUACCUUCUUACAUGACUCCCUAAUUGUGCACUCUCUCUCUGUUUCUGCAGAAUAUUAGUAAUAAUGCAAAGCUAUCUAUUGAGCAAUAGGGCUAUUUUAUAUGUACAACACCGUCUUUUUGGUAGGCUUUAUGGGUUUUACACACUAUUUUCAAGUAAUAAUUUAUAAAAUGGCUAAUAAACCAUGUAACUAGAAAUGUUUGUCUACAGUGAGCUAUUAACUCUGUCUGAUCUUCUGUAACGUUAGAUCUUGUUCCACUAUCCCUCAUGAAUUUCCAUGCAAGUGAGAACAGCUAAUUGUUAGUCUGUUUGCAAUUCCAUCCAAAUAACACCUUCUUUUUAAUGCUUAUAUUUGUUCAGAUUUAGGGCUGGUGCAAAUCACAAAGAAUUUGUUUUGUAUAUUUUGGAUUUGUUUAGAAAUAUUGUAAUUUCUUCUCGCUAGAUAGCUGGCCCUUGUCUCUCCCCUAUCCUCUUCCAUCCUCCUUUUUUGUGUGGAGUAAGGAUUUUGAUGGGGAAAGAUUGAAAGUUAGGAUAUUUUGCUGUUAGGGUCACAAGUACCAUUCACUCCCUUAAAUUUAUCAGUCUCUUUUCAUUAUUUAUUGCUGUCAUACCUUAAAUUUUAAUUCAUGCAAAUUUAAUUGUUUAUAAUCUCCUGAACUGAGAUUUAAUGCAGAAAAGUAGGAACCAUCAUUUGCAUACUUCUUACAUGACUCCAAGGCUUUGUCUACACUGCAGGGUUUU